CAACUCUCUCUCUCUCUAUGUGAUCAGCUUUGUUCAUGGAAAAAUGGAUGAGCGGCGGCCGCUUCUAGUACGAGUGAAGAGGCGGCUAGACGAAGAGCCCCUUCCAGAGAUCCUGGUGGAGGAGCCUCAGCGCAAAGAUCUUGACAAGCGCGUUAGGCCGGACGCAUCUGCAGCGGCGCUUCGUUUGGUCGACACUGUGGGGUCGAGGCAGUGGCCAGAUGAGGACUAUGGCCUUCCCGCAAGCUGGCUACAUGCAGCUGCCAAUGCGUCAUGGCCUGCAAUGGAAGGACGCUUGGAGAAACUACCAUCUCUUCCAGCUCUUCAAGAGGCCUCCAGACGGUUGAUUGAGGGGUGCCCUCCUCAAUUGAAGAAAUUGAGGACAAAUCACUCGAGGAGUGAUGGUGGUGCCAUGCUCAUAGAUGUUGAGCGCAGUGGCGAAAACACGGAAAGCUUGGGAGUGGAGGCCCCUACAGCCUUCACGAUCAACGGCGUGGCGAUGGUGGCCACUCCAGAAAAGUCCUCCGACUUUGUGUGGGAUGUCUACGCGAUCAGCGAUUCAGUCACAUCCAGCUUAUCAGCAGCAGUUCGCCUACAGGCGAGCCGCAUAUGUGGCUGAUUCAUGUUAAUUAAGCCAUUGAUGCAGAGUUUGCUCAUGUUUUGUAGUCCGAUCUGAUGGUUGGUCAGACUCUUGAAAAGCAAACACCUUGUUUUGGAAAUAUCUGGGAUCAAAUCAUGAAGCUUUGAAGCAUCUCCGAAGUCCAGGACACACUGGACCACGACGCUGUACGCUCCUUUGCUUUGUGUGUUUGCAGUGUCUGCAUAAUGUCAUUCUACUAACAACAACUUUCUUCUCAAGCACCAUGAUGCAAGUCGAUGAGCUGACAGCCUGCCAGCAGAAGCAGAUCGUUGUUGCACGAAGGGGUGCUCACAAUCUUCGCAGCAUUUCACAGCUAUGCAUCGCAGACUGUCGAUCUAUGAAUGGAGAAGAUGACCAUAGGCCAUAGGCCAUAGGCUAUCACUACAGGCUUAUUAAUAUAAAUAUCAACCUUUAGCUGGGACUCAUAUUGUAGUGCAGGCAAUGGAGGCUAGGUCACUAGAGAUCAGAAAUCCAACAUGAGCUUUUGGGCAUUGACCUACUAGGAGCAAGGACGCUACUAGGGGCUCCUGGCAUCGCUACUGGGAGCAUUCUUACUACUAGUAACAAGAAGCUACCUUACUACUAGGAGCAAGGACGCUACUGAGGCAGGUUAGUAAGAGGGACAUUCGAGUGGGAAUUCCCAUUGGAUGCUCGAUCGUGCUUCUUUGCGGUUCAUGAUUUCUUUCUUGCUGAUUUAUACACAGGCUCUUUUGGCUGUGUUCAUGCUGGGUCCACCUGUUUCCUCAUUUCUGUUGUACUAUUAUUGCUCCCAGUGACUCCCAGUUUCAAAUUGUACUCGCUCAGUAAUAGCUUCUUGAGGAAGAUGCCCUUGAGAGCAUGAGCGACAUUGAUGACAGCUCUGAAGAAGGGAGAGACCAGAGCUCUGAUGAAGAAGGUGAAGAGGAUGUGCCAAAUUGGACAAAUGAGCUUGACUAGUGACUGCGCAACAGCCGCCCCACAGAGCACUUCUUACACACGUCGCCGGGAUAGCCUGUUUUCCAGGGCCCAAUGGUGUGCCUUUCAGGCAACGGACAGCCGGGACAACAUCUGGCUCUAGAUGAAGCCUUUUGAAUCUUAUUGUCAUCCUCCGGAUGUCGCUAAGCUGUCGUGG